AUGUCACACUUUCUGCUAUUCAUAUUUCGCAAACUCCUCAACACCUUCAUCUACUCUACAAGACAUGAUCCACUACUCGCAAACGCCCAUGGACUCUUCCAAAAGGGCCUUCCUACCCAGCCCACCCACAAUGUGCUGGUACUAUUUACGACCAUUCUAGGAUUAAUCCUCGAGCUCGCAAUCCGCCACAUCAUCGGCAACGUUGUAAUGCCCCUCCUAAUCCUCGAAACCAUGGAGAACCAGAGCCCCAACCCAAACAAGGAUGACAACAAGAAAUCAAAACCAAAACCCACCAUCACUCGCAGCCUUCUCCAAACCAUCACCACCUUCCACCGCAAAGAAGGACUCAUUUUACUCCUCAACGGCUUCCAGUACGCCAUCUACUACAAUGUGAAGUACUUUAUAGUAACAGGUUUACUCUCAUCACCUAUCGCACGCUUCCCUGAACCCCUCGCUCAUAUCAUUGCCUCCGUCGCACUCGCUGAAUACCAUUUCUUCCGGACAGCAAGCGCUGUCCUCCCUCCGGCUGAGCAGAUGCGCUACGUGCCUCUUGACCUUGAUUUUAAUCGGUGGGAUGCGCUUCUCUUACCGACGCUGCUUUAUGCUGUAGCCGAAGCUAUCAUGAUGUAUGUGCCGGGGCUAUUGCUUUCCCCUCUUGAUCCGGAUGAAGUGCUGCUGCUGCCGUCGGACUUGUCAGGCAUCACUGCCCUCGUAAGAUCCGAUAUUCUUGUUGCGGGGCUUAUGCUCGUUGUUCAAGUCUUACUAUUGUUUCCGGCGUAUAUUGUGCUUGUUCUGGUUGAGGGGAGUUUGGUGCCGGGGGAUUGUGAGACGUUGAUAUCUUUGCCGGAGAAGGAAGAGCAGGAUGAGAAGCAAGAGGACGACAAUAGCAACGAUGAAAUGAUGAAGUGGGGCUGGGAUGAUGAGGAAGAGGAGGAAGAGGAGGAAUGUCCAAAGCAGCAAGGCAAGCUCAUCAAAGACAUCUUCAGGUUACCAACACCGUUGCAUGUGCUUGAUGUGGUGGAGAUGAUUAGUGUGAGACAGUUGCUGUAUUGUUUGGAGUUGCAUGGGCAGAUGUGUUUGUGUUUGGUUGGGGUUGCUGCGAUGGUGCAAUCGGUGGUGUAUUUGGUGUCGUAG